AUGGUGUUCUCUCUGCUGCGCUACAUUCUGUCGGCUCACGGCUCCAUGGAGCCCGAAAACCAGCGGCACUUUCAGCCGUGGCGUGAUUACAUGGGUUUGGCGGACACGGUGCGUGCCAUGCGGGACUCGCAGCUCCCGGAACCUCACCAAGAGGAGUUCGGCCUUACGCACGAGAUCUCUCCUCACAAAGGCCACAAUAGCGAGCUCCAGACCUUCUCUGAGGUCCGAGGAAGACCGAAGGGGCGACUGAAAUGCGGUCGUUCCAGGACUACAAGGUCUCCACCUCCUCCAGCGGUCGGUCCUCAUCGCUCUGGGGAAAAGUUCUGCAGCUUCUGCAAACACAACGGCGAGGCUGAGAACGUGUUCAUGUCGCACUGCCUGAGGGACCGCGGCGGAGAAGUGGUGUGUCCUUACCUGCGCCGGUACGUGUGUCCGCAGUGCGGGGCGACGGGCGGCCGCGCGCACACCAAGCGCUUCUGCCCGUUCGUGGACAGCACGUACAGCUCCGUGUACACCCGGGCUCCCCGGUAA